GGGCCCCACACAGAGAGCCAAAAAAAAAGGAGAAGGAGGAAGUGAAAUGUGUGUCACCUUUAAAUCCUUCCCCUCCCUCUUGGCAGCUCUUGAACCUCAAAGGGUUCCUUUGUUCGCCUGGCACAAAAGCUCACAUCGCAUGGUCACAGACUGGCACAGACUGGCAAAGGGGAGAGAGAGAGAAGAGUGUAGAAAAGAACAAAGUUUAAGUCAGAGAAGUGGGAGGGAGAGAAAUGAAUUAACAGAAUGGCAAAAGGGCAUGUGAAAGACUGAGAUAGAGACCCAUGAGGACAGAGACACUUUUUGUCCUCCACAUCUUCAUCCUUUCUUUCAUCCAACUCUCGUUCAGUUCUGUGUGACACAUGGAGUGGGGAUAUGUGGUAUCUUUUCAAUUACUGGAGAGUCUCCACAGUAAGCUGAAGUUGGGUAGCAGCUCGUCCUCCAGUCUGACCGACCUCUCGCAGGCUAAAACCCCAGGAGGAGGAGGGGAUAAGGGAGGGCCAACUGGAGGACUGGCUGAGGAGUCCAGCAGGGACAGAGGGACUCAGCAGAGAAGAGCCGGGGCCAACGCCACUUGGAACAGCAUCCACAACGCAGUGAUAUCAGUUUUCCAGAGGAAAGAUCUGGGGGAAAAUGAACUCUACACUCUGAAUGAAGGUGUCAGGCAACUGCUGAAGACGGAGCUGGGCUCCUUCUUCACUGAGUACCUUCAGAACCAGCUGCUCACUAAAGGCAUGGUGAUACUGAGAGACAAGAUCCACUUCUAUGAAGGUCAGAAGUUGCUGGACUCUCUGGCCGACACAUGGGACUUCUUCUUCUGUGAUGUUCUGUCCAUGCUGCAGGCCAUCUUCUAUCCUGUACAGGGAAAGGAGCCAUCAGUGCGACAGUUGGCUCUCCUCCACUUCAGGAACAUCAUCACCCUCAACCUGAAACUGAACGAGGCUCUGUGUCGACCCCGGGCCAGAGUUCCCCCUUCUAUCAUACAGAUGCUGCUAAUACUACAGGGAGUCCAUGAAUCUAAAGGUGUAACAGAAGACUACCUUCGUCUGGAGACUCUCAUCCAGAAGGUGGUCUCUCCCUACCUCGGCACUCAUGGGUUAUAUUCCAUAGAUGGAUCUUCCAAUUUGCACUGCUCCUCCUGCCUUUUAGAAAAGCGUUUGCAGCGCUCCUGGUCCUCCAAACCAGGAAGUUCCCCCAUCGCCAAGAACCCAGUGGUACGCUCUCAGAGCUACAACGUUCCCAUGCUGACCCCUGUGGUGGAGUAUGACGCCGACUCUUCCACAGGAGGUCUGGGCACAGGUAUCAGACGACACUCCGUCUGUGAGAUGACUUCCUGCUUGGAGGAGAGCAGCUCUUUGACUGAAUCCACAAUAAUUGCCACAAAUAACACCAGCAAAACCAGCAACACCAGCACUUCCAGCCUCGCCAACCACUCUCUAGCUUCCACUGCCUCCGCUGCACUUUCAGACACUGUGACGUCCAGCCAGGACCCCCUUCCCAGGGGCGCUGACAGUCCUGCAGGUCCUGACCCUCUCCUGCUGCAGAAUCCCUCCCCCUGCAUCCUCCCAGAGCCUUUCCCAGGUGAAGACACACACUGUACUGGCUCGCUGCUGUCAGACUCCCCCGCAUCCUCCAGAGCGCUGGCUCAGGACACCAGCUCCGGUCCCAGUCCUUCGUCCAGUCUGGAGAUCAUAAUGGACCACGUCCCGGAGUCGUUGGACUCGGAGCCGGAGCACGACGGCAUCUUUCUGGACUUCCCGCGGCGAAACUCUGGAGGGUCGAACCCGGACCAGAAUCAGCAGAUAUACACUGAUGGAGGGACGUGUGGCAGCACUGCUGAGCCAUGAGGACAUUCCUGACACCCAGUGACACUUGUGCUGUUUUAUGGAGACUCUAGAUCAUUAGGGAUCUUUUCAAACUAAAGUAUUUUUUUAGAAGAUGUGGUCACCCAUCCCUAGAGACAAGUCUAACAUCAUGCUGCCUGGUAAAAACAUGAAUUUUGGCAUCAUCACUGGCUUUUUGGGAAGAGAGACUUCUUCCCUGUUUUUUCUUAUGAAUGAAACGGAGCCAGUUAUUUUAACACAUCCCAGGGGUAGAUGCACAUGCUGAAGGAAUGUUUUAUAAUUGUCAAAUAUCUCAGCAAGACUAGGGCUAUUGAAUAACUUUUGCUGUCAAUUUCAAACUUUUUUUUUUAACACUUUGAAUGUAAAAGAAGCUCUCCAAUUCUGUUGGUGGGAACUCUACUUAUUAUAUUAAUGGAUGAUAAAAAUAUUAAUUUGAAUUUGAACUUGGUCUCGCACUAUAUUUAAACCUAAACCUGUAGCUCUGGUAUAUUGAGAGAGAUGUGUUUAUAUUCAAGCAUUCAAGGGAAGAAGGCACUAGAAAUGGUUUCACUGUAUCUCAGAUCUUCUGAUUUUUAGGCCUCAUCUACAUAAGACCAGAGGCAAAUUACACAUCACAUUGUUUUCUGCUGCUUUGAUUUUGGUCCAUAUUCCUGGUAUCAAAAUAAAAGCUGGUCCCAGUG